GUUGAGCGUGAGCGUGGGCGAUUUGUCCCUUGUGUGAUUGUGAAUCUGUGGUCCUCACUGGGCUGCGAGGAGACGACCUAACCCGCGGCAGCGGUGGUGGCGGCUGGUGACGAGCGCGGAGCCGGCAGCGGAGGACACUUCCUGGGCCAGGGUGCGGCGGAGGCCCGUGCUCCUUCCCUGGACCGCCGCGCGUGGAUUUGCGUUCCCCUCCUUGGCCAGGCUCUUGCAUUCAAGGUUUUUCCUUUUGGUUGACUCAAGUCAAGGCAAGCCAAAAUAUGGUGGCCCAAUAGAAGCUGUCUUAAUUGAAGAAAUAUAAUCAAUGAUUAUAUUUCACAUUAGAAGUAGAACCUGGAGAUAGAUUUUUCUUUAAGCAGUUGUAAUGGCAGAAAAAAGACAGCCUUAUAAUGUAGAAGAAGCAAUGGAGCAACUGAUAGGACCUGGUGGACAAAAAUGGGCCAGUAUGGACCCAGAAGAACGAAUGUUAGCUGCUGCUACAGCUUUUACACAUAUCUGUGCAGGGCAGGGCGAAGGAGAUAUUAGGAGAGAAGCCCAGGCUAGCCAGUAUGAUCCCUACAGUAAAGCCUCAGUGACCCCAGGAAAGAGACCUGCUCUGCCUGUGCGGCUGCACUGCCCACACAUCAGAAGCCGCGUCACUUCAUCAACAUUUUCAGAGGCUUCCCAAAAAUGCAGAAAGCCAGUGAUGAAGAGAAAGGUUCUGCGCAGAAAGCCAGAUGGGGAAGUACUAGUGACAGAUGAGUCUGUUAUCAGUGAGUCCGAAUCUGGUACAGAAAGUGAUUUGGAUCUCUGGGACUUACGACACAAGCUGAUGAACCUACAAUUUCAAGAAGGCACAGAAUCCCCAAAUGAUGCUUCACAGAAACUUAACCUACCACAUGAAUAUCAAGUUAACCUACCACGUGAAUAUCAAGGAAUUUCACAAGAAAACCAGCUCAUUUGCUAUCUGCGAAGAGAAGAAAUGGGCCCUCCUGUUUAUGAACAAGACUUGAUUGUUGCCAGCAGACCCAAAUCCUUUAUUCUCCCCAGGCUGGAUCAGUUAAGCCGAAACCGGGGCAAGAUAGACCGAGUAGCCAGAUAUUUUGAAUACAAAAGGGACUGGGAUUCAAUGCGGUUUCCUGGUGAAGAUCAUAGAAAGGAGCUACGCUGGAAUGUCCGAGGACAAAUGCUUUCCAGAACAGAACCCCAGUCCAAGCCUCAACAUGUGUACGUUCCAAACAAUUACCUGGUACCAACUGAGAAGAAAAGAUCUGCCCUUCGGUGGGGUGUCCGUUGUGACCUUGCAAAUGGUGUCCUGCCCAAGAAGCUUCCUUUCCCUCUUUCUCCUUCUUAAGUCUUUUUUACCUGUCUCCUUCCAUCGUAUUUAGGAUAACCUAGUUCUUCCUCUCUCUCCUUUUAAAUACAACUGACUUGAAAAGCCUGCAGAACACAGGGUAAGGACUUCACUGGUCCUUCCUAUGUCCCAUUAGGUACCAUACGCCACUUAAAUUUCUAAACUGGCAUUCUCAAAUGCAGCAGUUUGGGGGGUUGGGGGAACUACCUGAAAUGUGAAUUUUGUCAAAGUAGUAAUUGCCAUUUUGAAAAGACUUGUAAACUGUGGUGUUUUUUUUUUUAAUUAGUGGGUAUUAAGCUCAACUAUUAAAGAAUUUGGCAAAUGAUGAGUUUGAACCUUGUUUUAAGUACUUCCCAGUGUAAGAGGACCUCAGCCACUCUAGGCCAUGAUUCUUCCUCUGAUCAUCUAAUGAUACUCAAAGUUUCUGUAUAUGGUCUGACAUGAAGACACAGAAAUGAACUGUCUGGGUACAGAUGAAAACACUAGUUCUGGGUUUUUGCUAGAACUUACAUUCUUGAUAAUCCAGUAAGGAAUACCUAAAGAUCAGAGUUGUCUAUUUCAAGCACUAAAAGUGGGCCUGAAGUUUUUAUUAAAGUGUUUAUUCAAAAAGGAAAAUAAACAUGAAUAGUCUUGGUCAUUGCUAGUUGCUGAAACACUCUCCAAACAAUAUCUGAGGCUAGAGAUACAAUACAUUGACCCAGGGCCACCCACAGCUGGACGUGAUCAGGAAGAAAGAUAAUCAGUAAUAGCUAAAUGCUGUGGAGGGACUGACUCCAGGAAAGUAA